CUUCUUACUACGAUGAUGACGAUGGCGUUGGCCGCGUUCUCCCUCAGCAUCAUGACGCUGGUGUUGUCCAACUUGGAGCCGUCCAGAGGCAGCAACCGGCAUGCGGUGUACUGGAACAGCUCCAACCUACUGCUGCGGCGCGAAGGCUACACGGUGCAGGUGAGCGUCAACGACUACCUGGACAUCUACUGCCCACACUAUAACAGCAGUCUACGGGGGACACUGGAGCGCAGCGUGGCUGAGCAGUACAUCCUGUACAUGGUCAGCUACCGCGGCUACCUCACCUGCGACCCGCGAAACGGCUUCAAGCGCUGGGAGUGCAACCGGCCACACGCGCCGCACUCACCCAUCAAGUUUUCCGAGAAGUUCCAACGCUACAGCGCCUUCUCGCUGGGUUACGAAUUCACCGUGGGGCAAGAAUACUACUACAUAUCCACGCCCACUCACCACCACCACGGCCACAGCUGCCUAAGGAUGAGAGUCUACGUCUGCUGCUCGACUGUCGCACACUCGGACGACGACUCUAGUCAGACGUCAAGCGCCUACACGGUGAGGCCGAGCAUCAAGAUACAUAACAUUGAUGAGUUUAACCCCGAAGUUCCCAAGCUGGAGAAGAGCGUGAGCGGCAGCAGCCCGUCGCGCGACCGCCUUCUGCUCACCGUGGCUGCCAUGCUGCUCUCCAGCGCCCCCUUUCUGUCCUAG